GUGAGCAUGGACGCGCGCCUGUGGACAUAAUAGGUUUCAAAUUGCUCUAAUUGUAUUCUUAAUUAAAAAAAAAAACACAGAUUACCGACCCCAAGGUUUUUUCCCCCCACACGAAGCGACAUGCCCAGUAAUUUGCAGGCAUUUCGCCCAAUAAUAAAAUCUCAUUCAAGUUCUAUAACCAAACUUUUCCUCCUACUAAUUACCAACAAGCGCAUAAUAAUGGAGACGCAGGGGAACAGCGAUUCAAAACAAGUAACAUAUAUUUAAUUAAUUCUUAUCAAGCAAAUAUGGGUGUGGAAUUGAAAUAAUAAUGUCAAAUUCCUUGUAUUAGUCUUGACAAUGUCAAUAUAUAGUAAAGGAGACAUUUUUACGCAAAUGUUCAAACAUGUUAAAACAGUUCAAAGUGUCCUAAUAUGUACCAUGUCUGUAACAUGUGGGAAAAAUGCGAGCGAAUGUAAACAACAAAGAUGGCUAUUCUGAUCAAUUGUUUGUUGUUCUGCUUCAUAAGACCUUAGGCCGUACCUAAAUAUGCCGCGUAGGUGGUAGGUAUGCAGUCCAAACUCUUGCGUGUCGGCGAUACUGCGCAGGCGCAGUCCGUUGGUUUACUGCUCGUAUCAUAGCAACCGAAGUAUCCUAUCAAAAUGGUGGGGAAAGCAACAACAAUAAAAGAAGCCCUGACCAAAUGGGAGGAAAAGACUGGAGAGAAGAGCAGCGAGGCCACAGUUGUUAAGCUUUAUGGUCAGAUUCCCCCCAUUGAAAAGUUGGAUUCCACGCUUAGCAAAAUCCCUAAUUGCGAACAGCUGUCCCUGUCCACAAAUUGCAUUGAUAAAAUAACCAAUCUAGGCGACCUCAAAAAUUUGAAAAUCUUGUCAUUGGGUCGAAACAAUAUCAAGGCUUUUACUGGACUGGAUGCAGUUGGUGACACGCUAGAAGAGUUGUGGAUCUCUUAUAACCUGAUAGAGAAAAUGAAGGGUGUUCAUAUACUGAAAAAACUAAAGGUUCUCUAUAUGUCAAACAACCUUGUCAAAGACUGGGGCGAGUUUUCCAAGCUGGCUGAUCUGCCGUGCCUUGUCGAUCUGGUGUUUGUGGGAAACCCUCUUGAAGAGAAACACUCGGCCGAUGGAACGUGGACAGAAGAAGCGACUAAAAGGUUACCCAGACUGACAAAACUGGAUGGCAUUCCAGUUGUUAAAGGAGAUGUGGGUGAAGAUGACGACUGAUAAGCUGCAAAAGUACAAAACUUCUCAUUGUUAGUUGACCUUCUUCUAGAUUCUUCUCUAUGAAAUACCUUCAUUUGAUUUCGAUCCCACUCAGUUCAAAAUAAAUGUGUUUUGCUUGAUCACGA